GAGUUGGGAUUCCAGGAGCGCGCUUCCAGGCUGCCAUCCUAAAGCGGCUUCCUCGAAAGCGACCUCCUUCGUGGCUGCUGGCCGUCAGGGCAAAUCAAUGCUCCGGGCAGCACAGAGCGCUGCUUCUUCUCGUCUAGACCCCUGACGGGUGGUGGGACGAAGUUGGCCCUCCCUACAGAACCGGGGGCGCUCUGCACGAGGGUCGAUCGCUGGAUUUGUCCUCCCCCGGUGGGUGGUGGCCCGGAGGGAGGAGCUGGGGCGGUGGGGGGCAGAGACGCAGCGGAGGGGCGGAUCUCAGCUGCGCCCGUCCCGUCUAAGCCAGCCCUUCCCCUGCCUCCUCCACUGGCGGAAGAUGGCGGCUGCAGCAGCAACUGCGUCCCGGGCCUGGCGGCUUCUGCGGGGCUCAGGUGCUUUCCAUGGGCGAGCUGCUAUCCAGAGACUCUGGGACCCCCCUGCCCAAAGGAGACUGUUCAGCAACAACAAGAUCCUCGUGGAGCUGGAUGAAAACACAGGAGUUGCAGUGAUGAAAAUGAAGAGUCCUCCUGUGAACAGCCAAACCUUGGAGUUCCUGACUGAGUUUUCAAUAAGCCUUGAGAAACUGGAGAAUGACCGGGCCUACCGAGGACUCAUACUGACCUCGGCUACCCCGAAAAUCUUCUCAGCAGGGCUGGACAUCACUGAGAUGUGUGGCAAGAGCGAGGAGCAUUACGCCGAGUUCUGGAGGGCAGUGCAAGAGAUGUGGCUGAAGCUGUACAUGUCCAGGCUGGUGACCAUUGCAGCCAUCAAUGGUUCCAGCCCAGCGGGUGGAUGCCUGAUGGCCGUGUCCUGUGACUACAGGAUCAUGGCUGAGAAUCCCAAAUACGGCAUCGGGCUGAACGAGACACGGCUGGGCAUUGUUGCCCCUUUCUGGUUCAAAGACACGAUGAUCAACACGAUUGGCCACCGGGCCACGGAGCAAGCCCUCCAAAUGGGGCUCCUCUAUCCUGCGCCACAGGCCCUCAGCAUUGGCAUUGUGGACCAGUUAGUGCCGGAAGAGAAGGUCCAGGACGUGGCCGCGGCGGCGAUGACCCAGUGGCUGGCUAUUCCAGACCAUGCCCGCCUGAUUACGAAAUCUGCCAUGCGGAAGCCGACCGUGGACCGCCUGCUGACGCACCGCGAGGCCGACAUCCAGAACUUCGUCAGCUUCAUCUCCAGAGACUCUAUCCAGAAGUCCCUCCAGGUGUACCUGGAGAUGCUCAAGGGGAAGAAAGGCUGACCGGCUGGCCCCUCGGCCUCGUGCCCUCGACGAGCUGCCUGGCAGCCCAGCCCUGCUGCUCUUGGUCUGGAUCGGGCCGCUUAACGUGCCAGGGAGAAGGGGAGGAUGGGUGGCAGGCUGGGCCACUCCGUGCCGUGCGGGAGUUUCUUUCCCUGGAUAAGAAUUAGUUGCCUUGCCCAGUGUGAACUGCCAAUAAAUCUGUUUGGAAUGGA